GCUGAAAAUGACUGAAUAUAAACUUGUGGUAGUUGGAGCUGGUGGCGUAGGCAAGAGUGCCUUGACGAUACAGCUAAUUCAGAAUCACUUUGUGGAUGAAUAUGAUCCUACGAUAGAGGAUUCCUACAGAAAACAAGUAGUAAUUGAUGGAGAAACCUGUCUCUUGGAUAUUCUCGACACAGCAGGUCAAGAGGAGUACAGUGCAAUGAGGGACCAGUACAUGAGGACUGGGGAGGGCUUUCUUUGUGUAUUUGCCAUAAAUAAUACUAAAUCAUUUGAAGAUAUUCACCAUUAUAGAGAACAAAUAAAAAGAGUUAAAGACUCUGAAGAUGUACCUAUGGUUCUAGUAGGAAAUAAAUGUGAUUUGCCUUCUAGAACAGUAGACACAAAACAGGCUCAGGACUUAGCAAGAAGUUAUGGAAUUCCUUUUAUUGAAACAUCUGCAAAGACAAGACAGGGUGUUGACGAUGCCUUCUAUACAUUAGUUCGAGAAAUUCGAAAACAUAAAGAAAAGAUGAGCAAAGAAGGUAAAAAGAAGAAAAAGAAGUCAAAGACAAAGUGUAUAAUUAUGUAAAUACAAUUUGUACUUUUUUCUUAAGGCGUACUUAAGUAAAAGUGGUAAUUUUUGUACAUUACACUAAAUUAUUAGCAUUUGUUUUAGCAUUACCUAAUUGUCUUUCUGCUCCAUCCAUACUGUUAGCUUUUAUCUUGAAUGCUUAUUUUAAAAUGACAGUGGAAACUUUUUUCCUCUAAGUGCCAGUAUUCCCUGAGUUUUGGUUUUUGAACUAGCAAUGCCUGUGAAAAAGAAACUGAACACCUGAGAUUUCUGUCCUGGGGUUUUUGGUGCAUGCAGUUGAUUACUUCCUAUUUUUCUUACCAAUUGUGAACUUCAGUGUGAAACAAAUUUAAUGAGCCUUUCAAAUCAUCCCUAUUCUGUGUUUUAUCAAUCAUAUACAUGGAUUAAUUACUAAUUAUAACUUCAGUUGAGAUUUCACGAUUGGUUUUACUGAAGCAUUGAGGGAACACAAAUUUAUGAGCUUCCUGUAGAUUCAUCUUGUAGGUUUCAUGUCCUGUAGUUUCAGUUACCCUUAAUAAAUGUAAAGGUACACUGUUCACAAAGGUUUUCUCCUUCUUUCCACUGCUAUUUGUCACGUUCCCCCAAAUAUUAUAUUUUUUCUAUAAAAA